UCGAUAAAAGAGACAAGAAAAGAGAGGGGAAUAAAAAAAGGGAAAGGAUAUCGAUUUAAGGACCGGGGAGUUGCCCAGGGGACCGCUAAUCAACAAUGGCGAUAAGACGCGCCCGGAUGUCGCGACGGCCCACACACCCUCGGCCACCCACGGAAAGUGGAGACGAAUGGGAGGUAUCGCUCCCGGCAAGCUACAUGGUCCGAGGGAUUGACACCGAAUGGAGAGUUGUGACCUUGGGAAGGGACCAGGCGUUUAUGAUGGUAGAAUGUUUGUGGAACGGUAUGAGGUUUAAUAGGGGGCCAGAGGACGACCUGUACACCGACCUGAAAGUGACAGGAACCGUAUACCUGCCGGAGAUUGGAUGGCACAUGCUAGGAACGGAGUUGGCACUAGGGCAUGGGCUGUUACCGAUCUUCCAAAGGGCUACUAGGAUAGUGAACUGGACAGGCCAAGAGGUGCGAGGAAGAAGGAACGUGGGACUGAGAACCCGGGUGGAGGUAGAAGGAUGGCGAGAGUUCAGGGCCCCGAUGACGGGAUUGCAGUGCCGAGUACCUCGUUUCAUGAUAGACCUGGAAAAAAUGGCGUCGGAAGAAGAGGCUGGGAAUUUGCGGAGCAAAGGGAGUCAGGGCACGGAUAGGGGUGUGGAACGGAACGAAGGGUUCAUAAGGGACCGAGAGUCAGCAAAACCAGAAGGGACCGAGGAAGACGGAAAGGACCUUUCGACAGGGGAAAGCUCGGGGAAAGUUGGGGGAAGCAAAAGAGGACCCCAGGAAAAUAAGGAAGGAAGGGAUAACGGCAGGUCGAGUCCUCGAAACUCGGAGGGGACCACGCCCAAGAAAACGAAAGUCUCGGACGCAUGUCGUAAGCUGGCAGAAAUAGAAAAGCGAACCGCAGCGUACAAGGCAAGGCUUAUUGAAGAGAUGGUGACUGGGAACGAAAGAGACCUUCCGGGAGAAGGGUCACGAGAGCAACGUAGGGCCAUCCAGGGCGAAGUCAGGCACGGAGGGAAGGACAAUAGCCAUAGGGGAACACCCAGCAAGAAAGGGAAGGAAAAGGGGGACUCCCCGACCGUAGAGGCGGAAAAGGCUACGACCCCACCUGCUAUAGACAGUGGUGCUAGCCGUUUGCCCGCCACGCCGAAAGUAACGAAGGGGUGCGCCGGACUUUGGAGCCUCAGAGAAAGGGUGUUAGGAUGGUUUGAUUCGGAGGGUACGCCAAAGGCCGGGGAAAAGCAGAGGGACAGUAAGGAAGGAGAAGGGACCAGUAAGGAAGGAGAAGGAGAAGUGUUCAAGCACUGGUAUCAGGGGGCACGAAGGUUGCCCGGGUCGUCGGGGCCACAGGGCCACGAAAAAGAUUAGCGGAAGGGCAGGCGGCAGAGGGGCGCAAGAAAAUAGUAAAGGUGGCACUUCUCC